GUCCCGCAGGACGGGAAGGCGUCUCGGAGGAGAGAGCAGGGGGCCAGCAGCCGGCGCCGGGCACGCAGGGACGGAGACAGAAGAAGCAGAGGAAGGAAGGAGACCAUGGCCAAAGAGUGGGGUUACGCUAGCCACAACGGGCCUGACCACUGGCACGAACUUUACCCAAAUGCUAAGGGAGACAAUCAGUCCCCUAUUGAACUCCACACCAAAGACAUAAAAUAUGACCCCUCUCUGAAGCCCUGGGUUACUGCUUAUGAUCCUGGCUCUGCAAAGACCAUUUUGAACAAUGGAAAAACGUGUCGGGUUGUAUUUGAUGACAGUUAUGAUAGAUCAAUGCUGAGGGGAGGGCCCCUCCCCGGGCCCUACAGACUCCGGCAGUUUCACAUUCACUGGGGCUCUACGGAUGACCACGGCUCUGAGCACACUGUGGAUGGAGUGAAAUAUGCUGCAGAGCUUCAUAUGGUUCACUGGAACUCCAAAUAUGGCAGCUUUGGAGAAUCUUUGAAGAAACCUGAUGGAAUCGCAGUCAUUGGGCUCUUCCUGAAGAUAGGACAAGAGAAAGGGGAAUUCCAACUACUUCUUGAUGCUCUCGAUGCUAUAAAGACAAAGGGCAAAGAGGCCCCUUUCACUCGCUUUGACCCUUCCUGUCUGUUCCCUGCUUGCCGGGAUUAUUGGACUUAUCAUGGCUCUUUCACCACUCCCCCAUGUGAAGAGUGCAUCGUCUGGCUUCUUCUGAAGGAGCCCAUUACUGUGAGCUCUGACCAGAUGGCCAAGCUCCGCACCCUUUGCUUCAGCGCUGAGAACGAGCCUCCUGUGCCCAUGGUGGAUAACUGGCGCCCACCUCAGCCCCAGAAAGGCAGAGUGGUGAGAGCCUCCUUCAAGUAAGGAGACUCUUCAAGAUGACCGUGAAGUCGCUGUCUUCAAGGGUGGAAAGCCUUAAGUUCAGCCAAGAGUUACUUUUCACUUUCCACUGAAAGACAUCUUUGUUUCCACGACUACAAUUCUGAGUAAUGAAAUGUGACAAAUCACUGAAUUUUAUUGAUAGUAGCACAAAAAAAUGCUUGGGGAAAAAUCUAACCCCGUCAUGAAAGUGGAGAGGAUGGGGCUGAUUCUAUAUAGCUGUUGCCUCAUCUGGGAGAACAGCAUUUCUAGGAAUGUCUCCUGAAGAAGAUACAGUUUCCUUUCAGCCUUAAAUGCGACCAUCCUCUAUGCUCUUCAAAUGAUGACUUUUCUAUCAGUCAAAUUAAUAAUUAAUCUGAUGUUUAUGAGUGACAGGAUGUAGAGGUCAAAUAAUUGUGAAAUAGCAGCUGGCAAUUAAAACUGGUUUUGAAUUUUAAAAAAAUUGAAAUGUUAAAGCUUUGAAGUUGUACAUGACAUCAAAAGGCAGUACAUGAUUCGUAAAACAAAGGAUGAAUGUCUUCAGUUCAAUUAUUAAGUUAACUUCCAAAUGAAAAGUAAGUAAAACUAGAAUUUUUGAAAAGGCUUCAAUUUGUAAUUUGCCAUGAAGAUAGUUUUCUACAAAAAGUAGGCUAUUUGAAUAUCACAGACUUCUUACCACUGUCUUUGCAUGCCUUUAAACAGCUGACUGAUACACUGCUCUUUUGUUGACAAUUUAUACUGAUCUUGCUACUGCAAAAUCUACAGUAUUGUACGACUACACUUGAAGCAAUCGCAAUCCUCUUUAAGAACGUCAACAUUAAUAAAGACCCUUAUAUAGAAAA